ACCCCGGCCCAGGCCUGGAAGUGAUGACUUUCCCAGGAAUCCACUCCCAGUGACCUGGCCCCUCGCUCCCGGGCCUGGCUGCCACUGUCUCUGGGCUGGCAUACAGUUCUCAGGGCUUUGUGGGACCUGGGCCUGCGCCAGCUCCUGGACAGGAAAACAGGCCACAUUGUUCAGAAACAUAAAGGAUGUCAACAAGAAGAGGCAUGUGACCCACAGCCGCCCAGCGUCCAGCCCAGCCUCAUCGCCACCCCGCCACCCUGGGCACAUCACUCUCCUUGCCCCCCAUACGCUGGGUGGUACCCUUUCCUCCACACAUAGGUUACCCCUGAGCUGCUGCUUUGAGGUUGUGCCCCUCACCACUCAGGGUGGCCCCCAGACUGGCAGGGCUGGCCCCACCUAUUAGAAAUACAGACUCCAGGACCCAAAUCCAGAUUUUGGCAAGAUUCGCGGGGUGACUCCUAAGCCCAGGUGUGAGAAGCACUGGUGUCCAUCAGGAGCUGCACAGCGUCGUUCCCUGGGCAAGCUUCCCCAGCCCCUGGGUUGAGCAUGGUGUCUGUCCUGCGAAAGCCCCCAGUAAAACCCUGUGGGCCAUGGGGUGGUCUGGUAACAUGGCCUGUUAUCGGUGGACGGGCAGACGCUGCUUCAUGCUGUCAAACCAUGGACAAGUCACCUCCCCUCCGAGCCUCAGCUUCAUCUGCUGAAAAGUGGCCGUAAUGACCUAUGGUCGCAGAAGGACAGCAUAUCGAAGGCCCCCUGUGAUGUCUCAGGAGGCCACUGGCAGCAGACGCAGGACCCGGGAGGGUGUCAGCCAUCCAGGCGCAGGUACAGUCUGGACUGAGCACAGAGCAAGGGACAAGCUGUCAGCCGUCCUAAGGGGGGCCUGAGAUGGUUGCGAGCUGCCCUGAUAUGCUCACCCCCAGACCCUCCUUCCAUGCUCUUCAGUAGCAGCCGUGGUCCAGAAAGGCGGCUGGUCUGUGUAGUCAGAGGUAGGAGGCUUUCCGUAGGGCCAUCCUAGAGAAGAGUAGAGAACGGAGACAAGAGGAGGGGCACCUGUGCAGAGCUCUGGGCUGGGGCAAAUCUCGGGGUGGCUCCCCGGAGCUCGGCUGCUGGGCUGGUGGAGGCCUGGAGCAGGUGGUGACCGGCAGGCACUGGCUUUGCACGCCGGUACUGCCACUAAUGCGCUGCGUGUCUGUGCCGGUAUCUAACGGUGCUUUUCCAAACACCCAAAACAACAGUGGUUCAAACAGUGUCCAUAUUUAUUUCACUUGAGCACCUGCCAGUUGGUCAGUCCUCGGUGGAAGGGGACAGCGGGUCAGCUGCGGCAUCUUGCAGGCCCAGGGCCGAAUCACCGAAGGUUCGCUCACCCAGCGGUCCGCUGGCUGGUGCUGGGGCUUCUCAGGCGCAUCCCUCUGUCUCCUUGGUGCCCCCAGCAUGAUGGCUUUGGGCUCGCUCAGGGCUCCCAGGAUCCCGGCCCUGCAGAGAAGUCAGAAGUCACACAGGCCGGCCCAGGUUCAGGGCCAGGGGAACUGGACUCCAUCUUUGGUCCUGGAAGCGAGGAGGUGUCGCCUUUGGGAGAUCCUGCAGCUCCUGAGAGGCAAGCUGGUGGUGGGUCACGACCUGAAGCAUGACUUCCAGGCACUGAAAGAAAAUAUGAGCAGCUACGCCAUCUACGACACGGCCACUGACAAGCUGCUGUGGCAGGAGGCCAACCUGCAGCACUGCCAGCGUGUCUCCCUCCGCGUGCUCAGCCAGCGCCUCCUGGGCCGCAGCAUCCAGUCCCCAAUCUGUACCUGUGCCUGCAGAACAACCAGUUUGGACACAGCUCCGUGGAAGACGCCAGGGCGACGAUGGAGCUCUACCGAGUCUCCCGGCAAAUCCGAGCCCGCAGAGGGCUGCCCACCUAGAGGUGGCAGACUGAAGCUCCACUCACCCCCAUGCCCAGGGGCGAGAGGCCCUCGUCUCUGCAGACAGCAACUCCCUUGCUUUUGGAAAAUGCAUCUUUAGUAAUAAAAUGGCUCUUUAUUUUCUUUACUCCGUCA